AAGGCGGGAAAAACACCGCCAGUUUUCUUUUUCGUGAAUGAACACAACAACACAACCAGGAAGUCUCAAGCUAAAAACCAUUUUCAAAGUUAUUCCGGAAGAGAAACAGCGGGUAGUGCAGGAAAAAGAUGCAGAUAAUAUAAGGAAAGUACUUUGCAAAUCAUUCAUUCAGUGGUUUUGAGAAUGAAAUUUGUGUUCUUAUAAGUGCCGAGUCGACUGUUUUGGUUCGCUCCGGUUAUUCUUUUGUUGCUGUUGAAGUGAAAGUCCAGAAAUAUAACAAAACACUUAAUGCCAGGUCCCUCAGGAAACCAGUUAGUUUUGUUUUCCCUCGAGUCCUUAUGUUUCCGGAAAACAAAACUAACUGUUUCCCUCGGGAUCUGACAUUAAGUGUCUAAUAUUCCUAGGUGAUAGUACUAGUAUCAGCCAGAGUAUUAGAAGUUUUUAGUAACUUCUUCCUGUUACCCAUUGUUUCAGGUGGAUGGCUUCUAAUCUCUCGCUUUAUUAUGGAAUCGUUAAAUUCAUCAAACGAUAGCUCAACCGAGUCGGAUUCUUAUAGGACAAUUCUUUCAGCAUACACUUCUAACAACCAAUACCUGCUGAGAAGUGGCUUCAAUCAGUUGAAACAAGAUAUGGGCUUCACGCAGAUCCGUUUCUAUUGCUUCAAAAACGCAACAGGCCGAGCAUUUCACAUCAUGACUAACGAAGAUACCAAUGGGACAAACGUGGUGAAUUUUUUUACCACUUCUGAUAACAUUCCCGUAGCUUGUGGAUCCUUUACACGCCUUCCAGAUGACAACUCAUCUCUCGCCGUCAACUGCGACAAGUGGGGUCAACCGACUAAAAAUCGGUGGGGACAUGCAUCGAAGUUAACAAAUGAUCGCCUUUUUGUCAGGCCCUUAACAUGGUCAUCUACUCGGUUUUAUCGCCUAAAAGGCGGUUCAAGAUAUCAGUGUGACGACAAAACGUUUCCCCUAUCAGUUGGUGACAUUUGGCAGGUCUUUGUGCGAUAA